AGGAUUGCACGCACAUUGCAGGAAGGAAAUGGCGACCACCACUCCACUCGUCUCCUCCUGCAACGGCUGCCGCCCCUAUCCACCACCACGCCGCCACCGCCGCUUCCCCGGCGACCCCAAGCCUAACGCGUUGCCUCCUCUCCGCGCCAUCCCGGGCGCAGCGCCCCUCGUCCCCCUCCCCCUCCCCCUCCCGCGCCCCCGCCCCCGCCGGCGCGAUGUAUCCGCGGCCUACGGCGACGACGACAUGGACGACGACUUCGGCGACUUGGACGCCGACGACGCGGACGGAGUCGGCGAGGACGACGACAUGGACAACGAGCAGGACUACGACGUCGACUACGACCGCCUCCUCGCCCCCGUCAAGCCGCCGCCGCCUUCCUCGCCGCGCGGGGAGGAGGGGGACAUCGCCAUGGUCGCCGCCGACAGCUUCGUCUCCACGCAGGACUCCGCAUCCGACACCGUCGUUGACUACGCCGUCGACGAGGACGAGUUCCACAAGAUCAGGCUGCUCCACUGCGACUUCCUUAUCCGAAAGGUGCCCGACCCCGACGACGACGUCUACGACUUCAGAGAGAUGUAUGUCACCCCGCCAGACACUGAUAUCUACUCCAUUCCAAGGGUUCUUGCCCCGAUGCCCCAAAAGUACGUGAGGUGUACUAAGAAAGAUUUCGGACGUUACAACGUGACUGAGCCACCAGUUGAGCAUCUGCGUGAUCCCCUGUACAAGACUGAGAGGGAGAUCAUGAAGGUUUUCUUAACCAGACACUACAGAAACAGGCGUGCUGAUGACCCAGAUUUUUUCCUUGAUUUUGAGGAGAUUUAUGUUAUUGACUCAAAAACAAGGUCAAUCACAAGAGCAAAAGUUUUGGUUAGUGUUCCUGAAGGAAAGAAAAGAGAUAGGAGAAACGACCUGCUACUGAUACGUGAUGGAGGGGAGUCUUUUAGAAUAAUCGACAAGACUAAAAGGGAUGAUGCCACCACUGUGAUCCAAAGAGAAGAGUGGACAAAGUCACGACAAGAUGUGGAGAAGCAUUUCAGGAAACUCAGAGACUUUGACUACUCAAAUUGGUUCUGAAGAAACAAAUGUUGGAUUUGUUGCAGAGAAGAAUGAUGUGCGGCGAUUUUGCUGACUGCUGCUGAUGAUUAGAUCAAGCUACUGUUGUGAUCAAGUGAGAGAUGGCAUGUUGAAGCAGAUAAGUUGUUGUAAUGUUAGUUGUAGCAAGUAGAAUGUGUGGCUUCUAGGGAGUAUGUAGGCAAAGACUGAGAUCCUGGUUGAGUAGCCAAGCGAAUGAAUAUGUGGCAGUUUGAGUUGGGCUUCUUUCUGUGCAGACUAGCAUUCUUUUCUCUUCUUUUUAUAAACCUCAGUUGAUCAGAAAUUCAGAAGGAAUGUGUUCUGAAACCUUGUCAAA